AUGGAGUUUGGCAACUCAGGAAACCUGAAUGAAGAUGGCAUUCACGUUGACAUGGAUCGUUUGAAGAAGGGCGAGGUCAACUUAGGAACGUCGAUCAUGGCAAUCAACUUCAAAGACGGUGUUAUUCUGGGUGCGGACAGUAGAACCACGACUGGAGCAUACAUCGCGAACCGAGUUACAGACAAACUUACACAAGUCCACGAUACCAUCUGGUGCUGUCGAUCAGGUUCUGCCGCAGAUACACAGGCUGUUGCAGACAUCGUUCACUACCAGCUGGGAAUGUACGGCAUCCAGAAUGGUAGACAGCCAACCACACAAACAGCAGCGGCAAUGUUUCAGGAACUGUGCUACGAGAACAAGGACAGACUAAGCGCUGGUUUGAUCAUUGCAGGUUGGGAUGAGCGACACGGAGGUCAGGUCUACUCGGUACCAUUGGGAGGAUCGUUACACAAGCAAGCCUAUGCCAUUGGCGGAUCAGGAUCGACAUACAUCUACGGAUACUGCGAUGCCAACUGGAAAGAGGGUAUGGAUGAGGAGGCCGCUGUUGGAUUCGUGAAGGGCGCAUUACAAGAGGCGAUGAAGUGGGAUGGGAGCUCCGGAGGUGUUAUCAGAAUGGUGGUCUUGACUGCGAAGGGUGCAAACAGGCACUUGUAUCUGCCAGACACGAAUUACGCCGUCCGUCACCAAUAG